UGCCAACACUAGUUAACAAGAAAGAUGCUGGCAAAUGAAGACCUAAUAUGUUUAUAAAAUGUUAUUUUUAGAUACUUGGUCUAUAUGGCUUAUAAAGAGUUUCAUCUACAAUUUUAACUGAGAGUUUCCUUUAUUUCACACUUGUACACUUUCGUAAUCGAAACAUUUCUCAUACCAGUGGCAUGUGCAGCAUCUGACAUCAAUAUGACAGACUUGUAGGGUUUAUAAAAAAGCGACCAAUUUAAUAGUUUACAGGAACGAAAAUCAUUAGAAAUGGAAAACGACUGGAAAACGAAGUUGGUUAACCUAUUUAAAGAGAAUGCUGACUCUUCGGGACUUGUUCAUCCUGAAUACAUGCAACUAGCAACAUUACCAUCUGAAGGGGACAAAUAUCCUCGCAAUCGUACUGUAGCGAUUCGUGGAUUCGUGGGUUCAGGCUGGCAGCCUAGUAAGGAUGAUCCUUUAGACACAGAUUUGCUUGUGUUUUCUACGGACUUGAAAUCACAGAAAGCAACGGACAUUUCCCUUCGUCAAGCAAAGUCAACGCCGACUGGUCCCAUGCAUAAUACAUUUGAGCUUUGUAGUUGGCUUCCUAAAACCAUGCAGCAAGUUCGUCUCUGGGGCCAAGUAUGGCUCUACACUCCUGAUCUCGCAGAGAAGAAUGAGUUUCCAAAGGAAGACCUAUUACACACACAUUUAGCUCGCAGCAACAAACGUAUUCCUCAAGAAUGGUCUUGGGAGGAAGAACGUCGACGCAUUUGGGAAAACCACAGUCCUAACAUGCGUACUUCUUUUGCUAACCCCGUGACAUAUAGCGAGUAUGAAGGGGAAGUUCCUCUCAUCCCGCUUCCUGCAACGCUUACUGGUAGAGAAGAUGCUAAACUUGUUAAUCGCUGGGAAACUGCCUGGAAUCGGUUUGCACUGGUCAUCUGCGAUGUUCACGGUGUCGAAUUUCUGGACUUAAAUCCUCCUCCCGGAAAGCGUGUGAUUUAUGAGAAACACCUGGAAUCAGGACAAUGGUCUGGCGAACGAGUUAGCGUUUAAAACCAUCCUGUCGUGCUGCCAUCCUUCUGAAACUGUACAUAUGAACCUGCAAACAAUGUUCCCUUUUUAGUAUCCUGUUAGAGAGAUACUUUCAUGCUAUCUUGCAAAGAAUACAUGAACGAAGCUUCCAAUUCUAAUUCAUUUAUUUAAUGAUCUCUCUAUAAUCUGACGUGUAUGUACUAUAUACUUUUCCCAGUUUAUGAAAUUUCAUAUAUCGGUUAAGUUUGACAUAUACGAUUUAAAUGUUUUUAUUCUAUUUUUUCUCGCA